AUGUUUUUGUUCGAUAUCUUACGAAUUGACGUAAUUUUUGUUUUAGUUGGUGCUUUGACUUCGAUUUAUUUAUACCUGAAACGAACAUAUUCAUAUUGGGAUCGCAGAGGUUUUAAAACAUUCGCCGGCUAUGAUUUAAUAUUUGGUCAUUUCACACGAAUUAUUUUUCAAAAGGAACAUAUUUGCAAUUUUCUCCUGAAACUUUACAGCACCACGACAGAUCCAUUCAUUGCAAUUUAUGGCAUUUUUCGGCCAAUUUUAGUAAUACGUGAUCCAGAACUAAUUAGACUGAUUUUAAUCAAAAAUUUUGCACACUUUACCGACCGUGGAAUUCAUUGUAACGAACGUUACAAUCCAGUGACUGGUAAUUUGGUUGCUCUGCAAGGACAACGCUGGAAGCAAUUACGAGCAAAAUUAACGCCAGCUUUUACAAAUGGCAAAUUGAAAGCAAUGUUUCCCACAUUGAUUAAUUGUGGCAUGCAUUUACAAGAUUAUCUAGAAAAAGUAGCUGAUAAUGAUAAAAUGCUUAAUGUACGUGAAAUAUGUGCCGGCUUUACGACAAAUAUAAUUGCGUCUGUUGCAUUUGGCAUUGAUGUUGAUUCGUUACACUGUCCAAACAAUGAUUUUCGUAAAUAUGGUCGUAAAAUAUUUGAGCCAAGCUUUUUUAAUGCGCUGAGACGUCUAAUGCGAUUCAUUGCACCAAAUGUCAUGAAUAUUUUACGGAUUAAAUCGAUUAAGUCCGAAAUAGAAGAUUUUUUUAUAUCCAUUGUGAAAGAAAAUCUCGAAUGUCGUGAAAAAAAUAAUAUUACACGCAAAGAUUUCUUCCAAUUGAUGAUUCAAUUGCGUAACAAUGGAACAGUACAACUGGACGAUGAUCAAUGGAAAACCAUUAUUCAAACGGAUGAAAAUCGAAAAACUAUGACAUUGAACGAAAUUGCAGCAAAUACAUUUAUAUUUUUUUCAGCUGGAUUUGAAAGUUCAUCAAACAUCAUGUCAUUUUGUUUGUAUGAAUUAGCAAUGAAUACACAGCUACAGAAACGAGCUCACAAUGAAAUCGACCAUGUUUUAAAUGAAUACAAUGGACAAAUUACAUUCGAUUCCAUUUCGGCCAUGAAAUUUUUGGGACUAUGUAUCGAUGAAACAAUACGAAAGUAUCCCAUUGCAAUAUAUUUGAGCCGAAAUUGUGUGAAAGACUACAGAAUACCGGAAACAAAUCAAAUCAUUGAAAAAGGAACUGGAAUAAUGAUCCCACUGUAUGCACUGCAUAUGGAUGAAAAGUAUUAUGACAUGCCACAGAAAUUCGAUCCAGAUCGGUUUAAUGAAGAAAAUUCAAUGGGAAAAAAUCAAUUGAAUCGACCUUAUAUGCCAUUCGGUGAGGGCCCUCGUAGUUGUAUUGCAAUGCGCCUUGGAAGCAUGCAAAUCAAAGUUGGAUUAAUUGUAAUGCUUCAAAAAUAUCGAUUCGAAAUUGAAAACAAA